UUGCAAAAUACUUGAAAUCAACCAAUCAAAUUCCUUUAAAACACUAUUUAUAAACAAACAUUCCUCAAGUCACGAGUCUGUAUCACGAGCUUGUCAUACGAUUCAAAACUUGUUGGCAUCUUGACGUCGAGAGCCAAGCAAGCAUUCAACAUGAUUUUCAAAGCUUUUUGCCUGGUUUUUGUGGCCGUCUGCUCAGCACACUCUCAUAUUCCAGUUCAUUUUGAACCACUGUCGCAAGAGAUUAUCGACUAUAUUAAUAGUCUCGACACAACGUGGAAGGCUGGCAAGAAUCUCGAGGGGGCUACGACUCCGUAUUUGAAAGGUUUGCUCGGCACUUUUCUGGAGGUUCCUAAUGACUUAAAACUCCCAGGUAUGUUGUGAUAUAAAAGGUUUACACACUUUUGUACAAUGUACAAUUCUAGCUUCACGAUUGCGCCGGAAAAAGCCUAAUUUCUAAGUACUGUCAAAUUGUCACAUAUUUCCAAAAGAGUUUAAAACGUACUAUUGUAGUAUUUUGAAAAUACAAAUGAAAAAAAAAAUUGUUAUAGAAAUGAAAGCCCAGCAUGUCGAAUGAUUGUUGUGUGGAUAAAUUUAGCACUUUAUGCACUAGUUAAUUAUUAACUUUCUCAAGACACAAAAUUAUGUAAUUCUUUUACAUAUUAGGUAGUUUGGCCUAACAUUCCAAUCACAUGAUUCAUGCAAAAUGAUUUUUGUGUCAAUCUUAAUUCGACCCAUUUACACGAUGCGACCUAAGUCCUAUAUACGAUUGUUAUUCUGGCGUAUAAAAAUGACUGCUGACGUCAAUUAUUCCUGUUCAUCAGUUCAUAAUGAAAUGUGACAUCUUUACAUGUAUUCGAGUACUGAUGCACCAGGAUAAGAAUCGUAUACAACCAGUCAUAUUGUGAUGCACCUUUACUUAUCUUGGGGUUUGUUUACAUGCUGCAAUUUUUAGUCCAUACAUUUCACAAUUUUGACCCAAUCAUCGACAGAGCCCCUUUUAUGGCAAACUCUGACAGGUGACAAUAUUGGACAUAAACAUGGCAAUGUUUUCAUAAUCAGGGACAUUAUUUGUUUUGAAAAUUAUGUGAGUGACUGCAUCAUAUACCUAUCUCAACAUGCAUCGCCUCCUGACAGAGACCAUUAGAGGCCAUUAUACAAACCUUGAACUGUCUUUGCCAGUGGCAAUCAAAUGAACAAGCUUUCGUUGGUAGCAAUGCAACUACCUGAAAAAUAUAAGGAGAAUUUCGAGCGAAGGCCCUUGGUCUGGAGUUCCGCUAGUAGCUCCAGACAAAGGGCCUUUGCUCGGAAUGCUGAAAUUCUUAUAUAUUUUCAUGUAGCUGCAUCUGACCAACGAAAGCUUGUUCAUAAUUCAAAUGACCUGUUGUGUAAACCUUGUUUUUUUGUUUUCAGAGUAUGUUCACAUGGUGGAUGAGUUGGUUCUUCCUGAUGAAUUUGAUGGACGAAAAGAAUGGGGAGGCACUUGUCCCAGUUUGAAUGAGAUUCGUGAUCAAGGAUCAUGCGGAAGUUGUUGGGUACGUGAUUGGGCAAUCAAUUAAAACCUAUUACUCGUGAAAAACGUCAUAUUAACAUUUCACAUGAGAACAGAAUGUACAUAUUGCACGAAAACAACAAUUGAAAGUAAUAGCAAACAAUUAUUUAACCAGUUACUUUUCUUGCAGGCAUUUGGUGCUGUAGAGUCAAUGACGGAUCGUAUAUGUAUUCAUUCACAAGGAAAAGUGAAAGCUCACUUGUCUGCGGAGGACUUAGCAACAUGCUGUAGCACUUGUGGAAUGGGGUAAAUUAAUAUAGUGUCUACUUUUAUAGUAAUUUUAACUUAAUAGUUUGCUUUGUUUAAAUGUUUCUUUAAAUUUUAUUAUUUCCUUUGUAGAUGUAAUGGUGGUUACCCAAUUGCUGCAUGGUAUGUGGUUGUAAAAUUUAGAGUUUUAAAUCAAUUGUGUGGUGUUUGAUUUGCAGGUUUUCUCCUAUAAUUAUAAUCCUUUGUGAGGGACCUUACUGGACCUCUAGGGAGAACUGUUUACAACUUAUAGAGCUCUUAAUCCAGUAUAAAUGUAGUUAGGUUAGUCUGGUUGUCAUUGGUUUAUUAGACAAACUUCACCAAGUCUCACUAUACUAUGUCAUUAACCAUUUCUUAGGGAUUACUGGAAGAAGACUGGUAUUGUAACUGGUGGACAGUACAACAGUAGCCAAGGUUGCCAACCAUACAAAAUCCCAUCUUGUGAUCACCAUGUCAAGGGAAAACUUAAACCAUGUGGUUCUAUCCUACCAACACCACCAUGCAAGAAAGAUUGUAUUUCUGGUAAUUAGCAAUGCUAAAUUAACGAGUUUCUAAUCAGAUCAAUAGAUGCAUAAUUCAUGCAUGCUUACUAAGGUUACUGCUUUCUUUGUUCAAGGUUACAGCAAAUCCUACGAUGAUGAUAAACAUUAUGGCAAGAGUGCAUACUCUGUGAUGGGUUAUCCUCAGCAAAUCCAAGCAGAAAUCAUGAAGAAUGGCCCAGUUGAAGCCGCAUUCACAGUUUACGCUGAUUUCCCAAGUUACAGAUCUGGUUAGUGCAUGUGUCUUUUAUCUCUGUGACUGAGGUUUAAUUCCUGCAAUAUGCAGUUGUCUGAUUAUAAUUUCAUCUCAGUCACAUGUGAGAAGAGAGCAGUACCAAACACUGCAGGGUUUUUUUCUGGUACGUAUUCUGGUGACAUUGUUCAGUAGUGCACCAAUAAGGAAUGGGAGUUCAGUUUAUGAUUUUACUGCAGCUGCACAUGCUAGAUCUAAUAGUAAAGGGUGGUCUUUACUGGAUCUGAAGGGGAAACGGUUUAUAACUGAUAGAGCUAUUCAGUAUAAAGUUAGUUUAGUUGAUUCUUCAAACUAUUUCCAUUAAUUGUUGGUUAUUGUAUAGGUGUAUACCAACACAAAGCAGGUGCUCCUCUUGGCGGACAUGCUGUAAAGAUUAUUGGAUGGGGAGUUGAAGAUGGAACACCAUAUUGGUAAGAAAACAUGCAGCGCAGUUUUUCCCAUUUGAUAAUUGUCCCAUGCGCCAACAAGUAAAAUUCAUGAGCAAUAGUUUCAUAUUAAAAAUAUAAUUACUGUAAUUUGCUGCAUUUUCCAGGACUGUUGCUAACUCAUGGAAUCCUGAUUGGGGAGAUAAAGGUAACUUGGAAAUUCUUUCAGGGAUUUUUAUGGCUAUGGUUUUGUUCACCUGAGACCAAUUUUCCCUUUCAUUGUUCGCAUGUGGGACGCAUGAAAGCAGAGGAAUGGAAUGGGAUGACUUUGUGUACGGCUCUGAAUUAAUUUGGUCUUGUGCAAAUGUAAUCUAAAUGUUUCCAACAAAAUUCCUUUUAGGAUUCUUCAAGAUUCUCCGUGGACAUGAUGAAUGCGGAAUUGAGGAUGGCGUUGUAGGAGGCAUGCCAUUGUAUAAGUAAAUGGUUCAACAAAGAAAUGCAUCUUGAAACAUUUUGUAAUUUGUAGUUAGUAACAUUUAAUGUUAAUUAAGGUGGAUGAUUAAUUAUGGUAAAGUUCUUUUAUACAAUAAGUAAGAAUAGUAUUUCUAUUUUUCUUAAGAGUCAUAUUCAGGUUUCAAUAAAAUAUAGUUGUCUAUUUGUUCUUUUGUUGAUAUAAUUUGGAUUCUGUUCUAUCCAAUUUUGAUGAUGAUACCACGGAUGGAUGAUACAGAGCUUAUAUCAUGGUUUCCAAGUCAUUUUUUUAAUAGAAUAAAAAUAAAAUCCUGAUAAAUAUACUGAAAUUUAAGUCCACAGAUAUAACAAAGUUGGGUGUGACUAAAAAUGCUGUUAUAAAAGCUGGCUUUUGGUUGUAGUUAUUUCUGUAUUAUGAAAUAAAUAAUGUCAUUCAUCAACAUGUAUUCUAUGGUUUGAAGUUUUCCCAGAAUGACAAUGCUACACCUCUGAAAUGUUCAGAAACACCUGCAGAAUCGAGCUAUCUCCAAGGUCUUCUAUUAUCCUGUCCCAUCCUAUCAGUCCUUCCACUUUUUCCCCUUUCACUUCUGGCUGAUUCUGUCCUAUGUGUACCUGCAAGCACCCCUCCCUGCGUCUGUGUGGAAGAACUUGCAGGCCUACACCCUGAAUAAUCCCAAAGUAUAGGCCUUGGUUUUUUGUCCGUUUUUCUGACCCAUGGGGGGUCAAAAUUUGCCGGCUUUUCAUCGUUUUGUCUUGCCGAUUUAAACAAGGAUUCGUCAACAUAGGACGGUGAAAAUUUCAUAUGUUGCUUGUUAUUUCUUGCUGAAGAUGGCCUUGACUUCGACUUUGGUGUAGAAGGCGCGAUUUCCCCUUUAUUCGCUGUUGUUAAGGUCUUUUGCGUCGUUGCUAUCGAAGGACAAUAAAAUAAUAGAGGUUUAGUUCGUUUUAUUUUGCCGUCUUUUUCUGUAAUCCAUGGCGGAUCAAAGUGUUUGCAAUGUUCUUCAGGUUCUCUAGUUAUUUUUCUUGUGCCAAAUAAGCUCUCGUCCACAAAAGAAGAGCUAAAUUUUGUAAAACCACGAGUUUGUGAAAUAUUCGACAUUUUCAUUUAAAAAUUUAAAUUUUAUUUACGUUUGUUUGGGAAUCCGC